AUGGCCGCCACGGCUAAGCUCCACUUGGCUCUGAGCUUCGUGGGGAUCAUCUCGAUCCUCUCCCGCUUCUGCACUGCGUACACUCCGGCAGACAACUACCUCAUCAGCUGCGGCUCCUCGGUCAACACGAGGGUGGGCCGGAGGGUCUUCGUCGCCGACGAUGACUCCACCUCCGGCUCCGUCACCCUGACGGCGCCCAAAAGCGCCGCCGUGAAAGCCUCGCCCGACACGGCGGCGUCGGGUUCCGACGAGGCCGCGCCGGCGCUGUACCAGACAGCCAGGGUGUUCACGGCGCCGUCGUCCUACUCUUUCCGCAUCAGCCGCCGCGGCCGCCACUUCGUCCGCCUCCACUUCUUCCCCUUCGCGUGCCAGGGCUACGACCUCGCCUCCGCGAAUUUCAAGGUGUCGACGCAGGACGUCGUCCUGAUGGACGGCUUUGCACCGGAGAAUAAGACGACGGACGGCACGACCUCGCCGGUGCGCAGGGAGUUCCUGCUGUACGUGAAACGGGAGACGCUCGUCGUCACGUUCGUACCGCUGGCCGGGGCCCUCGCCUUCGUCAACGCCGUCGAGGUCGUCUCGGUCCCCGACGACCUCAUCGCUCGCCCGGUACAGACGUCGUCCGGCCAGCUGCUCGACCCGGCCAUGACGCCGCUGCAAACCGCGUACAGGGUCAACGUUGGCGGCCCCGCCGUCGCCGCCGACGGCGACACGCUAACGCGGGAAUGGACCACCGACGAGCGCGUCUUGGUCGGCUCUGCCGUCACCCGGGAGGAGGCCUAUAACGGGAGCCUGAACUACCUCCCCGGGGAGGCGACGCGUGACGACGCGCCGGACGUCGUGUACGCCACGGCCAGGGAGCUAACCCUGUCGAGCUGGCUGGACUCGUCGAAGCAGAUGACGUGGCAGUUCGACGUGGACUCGCAGCCGUCGAGCUACCUGAUCAGAUUUCACUUGUGUGACAUCGUGAGCAGGGCGCCUCACCUCCUCCGCGUCGACGUGUACGUGGACAGCUACACGGUGGUGAAAGAUCUUGAUCUCUCCACGAUAGGUAAUGGCACUUUGGCCUUCCCGUACUACAGGGAUUUCGUCUUGGAUUCCAGCAACCCAUCCGGCAAGAUCGCAAUCUACGUUGGCUCGUCGUCGGUGAUGAACAUGAGUAAUAGUAGUAUUUUGCAAGCUCCCAUCCUUAACGGGAUAGAGAUCAUGAAGAUGCACUUCAGCUCAGGUUCUGUCGUCGUCGUCGAGCCGGCGGCAGGAUCAAAGACGCGGCAUUUGGCCAUCGUUUUGGGCUCAAUCUGUGGAGCAUUCGCCGUCGUGUCCGUUGCUGCUGUCCUUGUCAUUUUCCUUAGGAAGAAAGAGGAGAAGGUGCUGCCUACACCGUCGUCGUCCCGGAGCCAGUCGCCGACUCCAUGGAUGCCGCUCCUCGAUCGGCUGAGCUUGCGCAGCCGACGACCGGGCGCCAGCGGAGCAGGGUCAUCCAAAUUCGCCGUCGACAGAGACAUGCCAGGAGCGAUCCCCAUCGCUGCAUCUCAGGUUCCGGUCCCGAGCUACCGCUUCCCGUUCGCUGUGCUGCGAGACGCGACCAACGACUUCGACGAGGGCCUGGUCAUCGGAGCCGGCGGCUUCGGCAAGGUGUACCGCGCGACGCUCCCGGACGGCACCAGCGUGGCCGUGAAGCGCGCGAGCCCGGAGUCGCGGCAGGGAGCGCGGGAGUUCCGCACGGAGAUCGAGCUGCUGUCCGGCCUGCGCCACCGCCACCUCGUGUCCCUCGUCGGCUACUGCGACGAGGGCGAUGAGAUGAUCCUGCUCUACGAGUACAUGGAGCACGGCUCGCUCAGGAGCCACCUGUACGGCGGCGGCGCCGCGGGGCGGGCGGCGCUCGGCUGGGCGCAGAGGCUGGAGGCCUGCGCCGGCGCGGCGAGGGGCCUCCUCUACCUGCACACGGCCAUGCCCAAGCCGGUGAUCCACCGCGACGUCAAGUCGUCCAACAUCCUCCUGGACGGCGGCCUCGCCGCCAAGGUCGCCGACUUCGGCCUGUCCAGGGCCGGGCCGGAGCUCGAGGAGACGCACGUCAGCACGGCGGUGAAGGGCAGCUUCGGGUACGUGGACCCGGAGUACGUGCGCACGAGGAAGCUCACCACCAAGUCUGACGUGUACUCGCUCGGCGUGGUGCUGCUGGAGGCGCUGUGCGCGCGCCCCGUCGUGGACCCGAGGCUCCCCAAGCCGAUGGUGAACCUGGUGGAGUGGGCUCUGCACUGGCAGGGCAGGGGCGAGCUGGACAAGAUCGUCGACCGCAGGAUCGCCGCCGAGGUGAGGCCCCAGGCGCUGAGGAAGUACGGCGAGACGGCGGCCGGGUGCCUCGCGGCGCGAGGCGAGGACAGGCCGGCGAUGGAGGACGUCGUGUGGAGCCUGCAGUUCGUGAUGCGGCUGCAGGACGACAACGGCCUCGAGUUCUCCGACGUCAACAGCUUGAGCCUGGUGCGCGAGCUGACGCCGCCUUUGGAUUCUCGUCGGGCAAGCUCGCAUCAGAACGAAGCCGGCUGCGAGGAGGGAGAGGAGAGGUGUCACUGA